AUGGCUCGUCCAUCAAAACAGAAACGCGCCGCGAGAAUGCGGGCGUACCUGAGGUGCGCGGCACUGCAGAAGCAGACACAGUCGCCCCAGCACACAGAAACACGGCCUUCUACAGAGGAAGGGAUGCAGCUUACGAAUGAGGAUGAGUUUCAUACACCGAUGGACGAUGGGGAUCAUAUGCCUGUGGACAGGUCUGCUCAGCUUUAUGGGGCAGACUUUGCUAACGAGGGUGGACUUUCACGAACUUCGAAGCAAGUAAUGCAAUCUUUGAAUGAUGCCAACGUCACAGAGGGAGUGAGCGUCCCCGCAACACAGUAUGAGGCAGAAUUCUCGGAUGAGAACGAAGGUCCACAGUUCUAUACACAAAGUACACAGCCUACCAACGAUGCUAAGGAAGAGACCACAGAUGAAGUGAGCGUGCUUGGUAGACAGCGCGAGAACCCCGCGAGCGAUGAUGAAACUCAACAACACGCAAACCAAUAUACCGAUGGUUCGAAGCAAAUCAAGGACGAGACGACCAUGGCCACCUCACAUGAGACGAACCCCACCACCCACAAUCCUCUACAAACCAUCAAGCAAGAGACACAACCUCCAACAGACACCGAAGAAACCACCGAGCGAGUAAGCAUGCUAGCAAAGAAGCGCAGAAAGCGCCCAGUUCCAGCACCACAACCCGCCCCGGAUCCCACACCACCAACUAAAUUCACAUCACCACCGACCCUCACUCACCCCAAGACCCGACGCACAAUCGCCGACCCACAUCCCCCAAAAGCCCCAAAGCGCAAAGCCUCAGAACCCGCCGAGACCAUCGACCUAAGCUCGCCCAAGAAACUGAGCCCGAAGAGACACAAAGCCCAAGUCGCUCCAGAGAUCAUCGAUCCAUAUUCAUCCAAACCCGCUCCAAAAGAGUACGCCCAGAGGCCAAGCUCCAAGAACCUCCGGAAGCGCAAGCCCGUCGACCCGCCCAGGACGAUCGAUCUCUGCUCCCCGAACAAACGCGCGCGGAGCUUGGCGCCUACUUCGCCUCGCAGGACCAGAAGUUAUACGAAGCGAGCUACCCACCAGCCACAGACAGAGGCCAAACCCAACAAAGACUCCCAGAAGAGGAAGGGGGGAAGACGGGUGGAGUGGGCGGACCGGGACACCCGCAAACAAACCACCGUUGCCCGCCAGGACUCGACACACAUCAAGACCGAGGCACAACCGCACAGAAUCCUGCGUGAUAAAAGCCAGAUCCGGAAGCCAGCACACUCCGACUCCCACUCCCAGCCCAAGGCCCAAGUAAAGAUGCAGCGCGAACCACCCCAAACCCCUUCCCCCGAGGUCGAGAACGCAACCCCCUUCUACACUCCCCUGCAACAAGCCCUCCUCUCCCAAACCCAAGCUGUAACCAACGCAACAUACGAGGUCCUCGAACGCCGCCUCGCCAACACACAAGCCACCGCCGCGCGUCGCGCCCGCACAACUCUGGACACCGCAACCGAAACCAACACCGACCCCGAAACCGAAACAGACACCGAAACCGACACCGACAUCGACGCCGCGCACGACCCGAUCCCGCCCCUCCCGCUGGGCCGGGUCCUCAACGUCGCGAAAUACCUUGACACUAACAUCCUCUCCCGACUGACGCAAACCUGCAAAGCCCUGUACCGCAAACUAACCCAAGAACUCCAACUCCGGCAAGACACGACCUCCAUCCCGGACAGCGCCUGGCAAACAGAGAUCCGGCUGGGCCUGAGCGACGCCGAAGGCCGGCGGACCGUCGAAUGGCUCCCGGGGACCGGAUACUACCCCGGUCCGAUGGAACUCGCUACACAGCACGGACGGGUGGACAACGUCCGCGCGUACCUCCUCAUGGGCGCGGACCGUAACUGCCUGAACGCGUACGGCAUCCGUCCGCUGCGCUGGGCCGUCGCCACCGGCCAGCUGGGGAUUGUGCAACUCCUCCUGGAAGACGAAGCCGACCCGAACCUACCGGACGAAGACGGCGCGGGGGGCGCCUUGGCAGGGCCAUUCGUAGGCCAGGGAUCGGAGAUCGAAGCGUUCAUCGAGAUCCUCCUCGACGGCGGGGCGCAGGUGGUGAGCAUGGACGCAUUCGAGAACCUGUGCCACUCGCGCAAAGCAGCGGAGUACCUCAAAUACGCGAUCGCGAACGGCAGCGCGCUCGGCCGCCUGCGGGGCCCCGCGGGGACAACAGUCCUCCACGUCGCGGCGCGGAUGGGCCACAAAGCCAUCGUGAACAUCCUGCUCCACGAGACCGAUGGGCUCGCAAUCGACGCCGUCAACGACCACGGCCAGUCCCCGCUCCACUUUGCGCUGCGCGACGGCAACGAGGAGACGGCGCUGGCGCUGAUCGAUGCCGGCUGCGCGCUGAAUCUCCUCGAUCACUUUAACAGGGAUGCGCUGGCCCUAGCGAUCGAGAAGGGGUACGCGGAGGUCGUGCGGGCGAUGCUCGAUGCCCCUGAGGAGGCCGGGGUGGAUUUCAGGGCCACGAGGAAGUAUGGGCACCGCCCGUCGGCGGAGAUGACGCAUCUUGAGGGCGCGUUUUUGUAUCGGAGGUUCGGGAUCAUGAAGCAGUUGCUCAUCGGGAGGGUGCAUGCGGCGGAUGAGGCGUUGCAGAGACGGUGUCGCGAGUUGGCGAGGACGGAUCCUACGUAUGGGGAGUUGUGUGAGGAUGUGUCGUUGCUCAUGGGGAGUAGUAUGUUGGGGUUUGAUUCGGAGGAGGCGGGGACGGAGGUGGCGGAGGAGGAGGAGUUGUGA